AUGUCGUGCCAGACGGGAAUUCGAGCCAACGACGCUCUGAAGAACGCCUUCAACUUGGGCAAGCAGGCCAAGCUCCGGCUCAUCAAGGUCGUCAUCAAAAAUGAAGAACUCGACCCAAACUACGAGUACAAGGGCAGCCCGGAUUGGCGCUCCGACUGGCGAGCGACACUGCCGGAAUGUGUUGACGCCUAUGAGCCGUGCUUCAUCCUCUUCCGCCUCAACACCAUCACCGAGUGGAUCUUGAUCAGCUUUGCCGAUGAUCGCGCGUCGGUGAAGGACAAAAUGCUGCUCGCCGCCACCCAGGCCACCUUCAAAUCUGAAUUCGGCCCCUGCUACAUCGAGUACGAGCGACACGUCACCGAUAGGAAAGACCUGACGCUCGACUCGCUGGAGAACUGGCUGAAGAGCAAACAAGAAGUUGGCCCGAUGAGCGAAGUUGAGCAAGAACUCUUCACGGCCGCCAAGGAGCGCUCGGCCCUGCAGAGUGCCGCCCCCGCCGGAAUGAAAGGUGUUGUCUUCCCCCUCGAUCGCAACGCCGAGGACGCGCUUCGUGAUCUCGGCAACAAGAAGCUGAACUUCGUGCAACUUUCAGUUGACACGUUGAACGAAGCGAUCAAGCUCGAGGACACGCAAGCUUCCGUCUCCGCCGGCGAGCUCGCUUCAAAAAUCCCGCGCAACAAGCCCCGCUACACGUUCUUCCGAUUCGAGCACACCCACGACGACAGGCCCUACAACAGCAUCGUAUUCAUCUACUCGCUGCCCGCCUCCGGCUCGUCGAUCAAGGAGCGGAUGCUCUACUCGUCGUGCAAGGCCCCAUUCCUCCAAGCAGCCCAGCUGCACAUGCGCGCCGAGAUCACCAAGAAGAUGGAAGUCGACGCGAAAGACGACUUGUCCGAGAAGGCGCUGCGCGAGCUGCUACACCCGACGUUCGUCGAGGCCCCCAAGCAGUUCGCCAAGCCCGCGCCGCCCGGUGGAGCCUCCAGGAGAAUCACCAAAGUC